AGGAGCCCAGCUGGCUUCACCCAGUGGCUGCCUCACCUGGGGCCGCAGGUGGAACUGCCGGCCAGUCCCGCACGCCCUGCGCCCCGCCCUCCUCAGCCCUUGGGCGGUCUAUGGGACCAGGUGCUCCUGGAGCAGGGGGCGGCGCUCCUGGGGCAGGCUCCAGCUGGCGCAGGAGCCCGUGAGAGGGAGUUUUACCGUGUUAGCCAGGAUGGUCUCCAUCUCCUGACCUCGUGAUCCGCCUGCCUCGGCCUCCCAAAGUGCUGGAAUUACAGGACAAUGACCUAAUAAGAUGGUUAAUCAUCACGGGACUCUUAAAAACAAACAAAUAAAAAGCCAACUAACCAUUUAAAGUGAGACUUUAACAUCAGAAAAAGGAUGGACUUGUUGCAGUUGCUGUAGCAUUCAAAGUCCAGGUGAUCAUUUCAAACCAAGCAUCAGCAACAAUUAAAAAUAUUCACGUGGUAUAUGUAGUUUAAUAAUGGACCAACAUCAACAUUUGAAUAAAACAGCAGAGUCAGAAUCUUCAGAGAAAAAGAAAACAAGACGCUGCAAUGGAUUCAAGAUGUUCUUGGCAGCCCUGUCAUUCAGCUAUAUUGCUAAAGCACUAGGUGGAAUCAUUAUGAAAAUUUCCAUCACUCAAAUAGAAAGGAGAUUUGACAUAUCCUCUUCUCUUGCUGGUUUAAUUGAUGGAAGCUUUGAAAUUGGAAAUUUGCUUGUGAUUAUAUUUGUAAGUUACUUUGGAUCUAAACUACACAGACCGAAGUUAAUUGGAAUUGGUUGUCUCCUUAUGGGAACUGGAAGUAUUUUGACAGCUUUACCACAUUUCUUCAUGGGAUAUUAUAGGUAUUCUAAAGAAACCCAUAUUAAUCCAUCAGAAAAUUCAACAUCAACUUUAUCAACCUGUUUAAUUAAUCAAACCUUAUCAUUCAAUGGAACAUCACCUGAGAUAGUAGAAAAAGAUUGUGUAAAGGAAUCUGGGUCACACAUGUGGAUCUAUGUCUUCAUGGGGAAUAUGCUUCGUGGCAUAGGGGAAACCCCCGUAGUACCAUUGGGGAUUUCAUACAUUGAUGAUUUUGCAAAAGAAGGACAUUCUUCCUUGUAUGUAGGUAGUUUGAAUGCAAUAGGAAUGAUUGGUCCUGUCAUUGGCUUUGCACUGGGAUCUCUGUUUGCUAAAAUGUACGUGGAUAUUGGAUAUGUAGAUCUGAGCACUAUCAGAAUAACUCCUAAGGACUCUCGUUGGGUUGGAGCUUGGUGGCUUGGUUUCCUUGUGUCUGGACUAUUUUCCAUUAUUUCUUCCAUACCAUUUUUUUUCUUGCCGCAAAAUCCAAAUAAACCACAAAAAGAAAGAAAAGUUUCACUAUCAUUGCAUGUGCUGAAAACAAAUGAUGAUAGAAAUCAAACAGCUAAUUUGACCAACCAAGGAAAAAAUGUUACAAAAAAUGUGACUGGUUUUUUCCAGUCUUUGAAAAGCAUCCUUACCAAUCCCCUGUAUGUUAUAUUUCUGCUUUUGACAUUGUUACAAGUAAGCAGCUUUAUUGGUUCUUUUACUUACGUCUUUAAAUAUAUGGAGCAACAGUAUGGUCAGUCUGCAUCUCAGGCUAACUUUUUGUUGGGAAUCAUAACCAUUCCUACGAUUGCAACUGGAAUGUUUUUAGGAGGAUUUAUCAUUAAAAAAUUCAAAUUGUCUUUAGUUGGAAUUGCCAAAUUUUCAUUUCUUACUUCAAUGAUAUCCUUCUUGUUUCAACUUCUAUAUUUCCCUCUAAUCUGUGAAAGCAAAUCAGUUGCCGGCCUAACCUUGACCUAUGAUGGAAAUAAUUCAGUGGCAUCUCAUGUAGAUGUACCACUUUCUUAUUGCAACUCAGAGUGCAAUUGUGAUGAAAGUCAGUGGGAACCAGUCUGUGGGAACAAUGGAAUAACUUACCUGUCACCUUGUCUAGCAGGAUGCAAAUCCUCAAGUGGUAUUAAAAAGCAUACAGUGUUUUAUAACUGUAGUUGUGUGGAAGUAACUGGUCUCCAGAACAGAAAUUACUCAGCGCAUUUGGGUGAAUGCCCAAGAGAUAAUACUUGUACAAGGAAAUUUUUCAUCUAUGUUGCAAUUCAAGUCAUAAACUCUUUGUUCUCUGCAACAGGAGGUACCGCAUUUAUCUUGUUGACUGUGAAGAUUGUUCAACCUGAAUUGAAAGCACUUGCAAUGGGUUUCCAGUCAAUGGUUAUAAGAACACUAGGAGGAAUUCUAGCUCCAAUAUAUUUUGGGGCUCUGAUUGAUAAAACAUGUAUGAAGUGGUCCACCAACAGCUGUGGAGCACAAGGGGCUUGUAGGAUAUAUAAUUCCGUAUUUUUUGGAAGGGUCUACUUGGGCUUAUCUAUAGCUUUAAGAUUCCCAGCACUUGUUUUAUAUAUUGUAUUCAUUUUUGCUGUGAAGAAAAAAUUUCAAGGAAAAGAUACCAAGGCAUCGGACAAUGAAAGAAAAGUAAUCGAUGAAGCAAACUUAGAAUUCUUAAAUAAUGGUGAACAUUUUGUACCUUCUGCUGGAACAGACAGUAAAACAUGUAAUUUGGACAUGCAAGACAAUGCUGUUGCCAACUAACAUUGCAUUGAUUCAUUAAGAUGUUAUUUUUGAGGUGUUCCUGGUCUUUCACUGACAAUUCCAACAUUCUUUACUUACAGUGGACCAAUGGAUAAGUCUAUGCAUCUAUAAUAAACUAUAAAAAAUGAGAGUACCCAUGGUUAGGAUAUAGCUAUGCCUUUAUGGUUAAGAUUAGAAUAUAUGAUCCAUAAAAAUUUAAAGUGAGAGGCAUGGUUAGUGUGUAAUACAAUAAAAAGUAAUUGUUUGGUAGUUGUAACUGCUAAUAAAACCAGUGACUAGAAUAUAAGGGAGGUAAAAAGGAGAAGAGAGAUUAAUAGCCUAAAUAAAGAGAAAAGCCUGAUGCCUCUAAAAAAAAUGAAACACUUUGGAUGUAUUACUUAGGCCAAAAUCUAGCCUGGAUUUAUGCUAUAAUAUAUAUUUUCAUGUUAAGUUGUAUAUUUUUCAGAAAUUAUAAAUAUUAGUAAUUUAAAAUUUGAAUUUGUGUUUGACUAACAACCUCGAUGGAUCUUCUUCCAACCUCCCAUUAAGAUCCUGCAGAAGAAAUAGAAAUAUUCAAAUAUUGCGAGGUGUAAUUGUGAGACAACAUAUUAUAAUAUGUGUUAAGUUUCUACUGGACCCAUGGAAGUGGAUUAAGAAAAACCGACUUUAGCUUGAGAAAGCAAAACCCAUUGAUAAGAUGUGUCUUCAUUGCAUCUGUCUGUUCUCUGGGAGAAGCAAAAUCUGUGUUACUUUCUUGCAUACUUGUUUGUUUAUUCAUUGUGCACAAGAAGAUAUCUUCCACAUCUUCACAAGCUGGAUAAGAAAUAGAGAAAAUGAGAUCAAAUAUUUAAAUAUUGCAUUUUCUGGUAGCGAUGCAGGAUAUUUCUUGGCCUCUUCACUGGACUCACAAUAGAGGUGCCCUGUUUAUUUGGUCUGCCAUGCUCAGCCCCUUGUGGGAGGGAGAGUGUGAGUGACCAAGUGCAGGACCAUGUGGGCUGUUCUGGUCAUCGACACAGAAACAAGCUCUGUGAGUUUCCCAUGGCCAGACCAGGUGCGAGUGAGUGAAUGCUGGACCUGGGCAACCACUUCAGGCACUGAAACGAGUGAGUUACAUGCAGGGCUGGCAGCCAGACAAGGUGCAAGGGUGCUCAUGAUCCUGAAGCCCCAGAGGGGUUGUUAUGGUGCUCCUUUAGUUCCACCGUCUACAGUCUAACAGAUGGCAGCAUGUUAGCAGCUCAGUUGGCCCCUUGUCUCUUUACCUUGGGUGACUACCCUCUGCCAGUGAGGGCAAAGGCCAAUGUGACAGAUUUUUCUGGGUACCUGCAUUCGGUGGGUUCCAGGCCCUUGUCUGGUGUCCAAGAAGAAUGAGGUCACAUUGACAGUUGAAGGGUGGUGAAGGUGGAGAAUUUUAAUGAGUAAUGAAAAUGACUCUCAGUGGAGAGGGGAGCUGGAGAGGGGAUGGGAAGGGCCGGUUGUCUUCCCCGAAGUCCUGCUGUCUGUUCCUCAAAUUCAGGCUGUCUCCCCCAGUCUACCAGCUGAGUCUGGAGUCUUUAUAGGCACAGGAUGGGGAGUGUGUGCUGACUGGUUUCUGAGUAUGCAAAAAAGGUUAAAGUGAAGGCACCACUCAAAGGUGGGCAUGACAGUAUAGAAAACCAAUUAAGAAAGAGUAGUUAUAUCUAAAAUAGGUGGAGGGUGGGACCAGUCAGAGGAAAGCCUGCCAAAUAAGAAGACAACUUCUCAAUCUGGUCUAAGGCUUUAACUUGUAGCCUGGCUUUUGGACUUUAAACUGUCUUCAGCUUGGAGGUGGGGUUUCACCGGGCACCUGCGCCUAUCUGCCUAGGCAUUUGGCUGUCUCCUGUCACUAUCAGGAGCAACAUCUCUACUUAGUGAAUGCUAGAGGUUGUAGUUUAUAAUUCGCAAUUGGUUAAAAGAUGUUUUGUAUCAGAAUCAACUGUAAAAUAUAUUUUAAAAGAAAUAUAACUAUAUACCUACUGUAGAGAUUCCAAAUUCAAACAUGUGUGAUAUAGCUUGGAUAUCUUUAAAACAUUCCACAUGAUGCUAGGAUUCCUUGAUAGACCACCAUGGUAUAGGAGAAGGUAUACCUAAGUGUAGCAAAGUCACAAGAAAUUAUUACUAGAAUAUGGGAACUGGCUUGGAAGAUAUAUACGUGUGUGUGUGUGU